AUGGCCCACGGCGCCACAGUCCUCGACCCAGCACUACGAAGCGCAGACCCCACGAGUCUCGAAAGUGACGACCUAGAUGGAGGUCUUCAGUCAACUGCGGCGCUCGACGACAACAGACGCAGAGGCCAAGAACAGGAGCAGGGUCAUCAUGGUCUUCGCCAGCAGCACCAACCCCAGACCCAGUCGCCCGAGACGCCUCACUCCGGCCAUGGCGGUGGGACGAAUGACGAGACACCACAGCACGAUGAUCUACACGGCGGGACUCCUGACGAUCCUAAGAGACCGCGCGCCUGCGAGGCGUGCCGUGGGCUUAAAGUACGAUGCGAGCCGGACCCGAACGACCCCGAAGGCCCGUGUAAGCGGUGCAAAAAGGCUGGGAGGAACUGCGUGGUGACGAUGCCGACCAGAAAGAGGCAGAAGAAGACAGACAGUAGGGUCGCGGAGCUGGAGAAGAAAAUCGAUGCGUUGACGGCGAGCCUGCAGGCCCGUGGAAGCCCCGUAGCGCCAUCAAUUGGUGGUGGCGGCAUUGCGCCCACGGGCCUGUCCGUGACGAGGGAUGAAAAUCCUUAUAAGCAGACUGGCUGGGGAAACCACGGGCUGGCAAGGGACUGGCAGACGACUGCCGUAGAAGCGCCCAGGCCCGACUCGCAAGAGCUAACCGGUGGGGACAGAGGGCGGUUCGAUACCCUGAUUCCACCCUCUGCUGGACAGAAGAGAAAACUCUCAGACCGCGGAGACAUACUGGGCGAUAUGGCCGAGAGCGGCGACGGGGGAAGGCGAGCACCGCCAAUCAAUAUGGGCAGCGACUACGCCGACGUCGUGGAGCGCGGGAUCCUUAGUGCUGAAAAGGCGGCGGAGCUGUUCGAGCGAUACAACGCGCACAUGGUGCCACACAUGCCGGCGGUGGUGUUUCCAGCAGGGACUUCAGCCGACGAGACGCGGAAAGCGAGACCGUUGCUGUUUCUGGCCAUCAUGUCGGCGGCGUCCUCCGAGUCGCCCAAUGUGCAGCGCAGGCUGGUCAAGGAGCUGAUGCAGAUCUUUGCGGAAAAGAUUAUUAUAACGGGCGAGAAGAGCCUGGAGAUUGUGCAGGCUUUGCAGGUCGCCGUGAUCUGGUACUGGCCGCCAGAGCACUUUGAAGAGCUCAAGUUCUACCAGCUCGUACACAUGGGCGCUGUCAUGGCGCUCGACCUCGGGUUGGGGCGGCGGACAGGCGGAAGGAGGCUACUGAUACCGUAUCAGUCGCGGAACCACCCAUCUAAGCGGGCGCCGCCGCCAGACCCGACGUCCAUCGAGUGCCGGCGCGCGUGGCUGGCAGCGUAUUUCUUGGCAGUGAACACCUCAAUGGCUCUGCAUCGGCCGAAUCUGGUGCGGUGGACGCCCUUCAUGGCCGAGUCGAUGGAAAUGCUGCAGACAUCAGCAGACGCGGCGCCCACGGACAAGUACUUUUGCCAUCUCGUAUGGACGCACCGGCUUGCGGAGGAGGUGGGCAUUCAAUUUUCCAUGGACGACCCGGGAAUCGUACCCAGCAUCACGGAUUCACGGACACAGUAUUCUCUGAGGGUGCUGGAGAGAGAUCUGGAAAAGUAUCGUUCGUCUGUGCCCAAGGAGGAAAUGCAGGCAACCCUCACCAUGGCCUUCCACAUUAUCUCUCUCUACAUGCACGAGAUUGCCCUGCAUACCCAAAUGGACGAAAUGCGCCCGCCCUUCGACUCAGUGACCCUUAGGAACGGCAUACUGGCUAGCCCUACACUCACAACAUCCCACAUCAAUGCUCUUUCAGCGUGCUUGUCCGCCAUCGACGGCGUCUUUGAGGCUUUCCUGGCCAUAGAAGUCCCUCACGCCCGCUGCCUGCCUAUCUUCAACUUCGUUCGCGUGGCAUACUCCGUUGUCGUGCUUAUCAAAAUAUACUUCUCCGCUACGGCACCCGGGUCCGAGCUGGGUAAGGUGAUUGACAAAGACAACAUGAAGGUGGAGUACUAUCUCGACGCCCUUCUCGAAAAGUUCCGCGCCGCGGCGUCGGACGAUCGGAGCCGACCCGCCGCCAAGUUUCUGGUCGUGCUGGUGAUGUUGAAGAGCUGGUUCCUGAAGCAGAGUAAAGGGCCGUCUGCGAGUGCGCCGGCAGAGGGGGCUCAGUCAUCGCUCAGGAGUGCAACUGCGCCUGUGACGACGGCAUCUCAUCCCGAAAAGGCUCCGACUUCUACACAUGCUUCCCGGCCUACAGAAUCGGGCCCUAUGGAAGAGCAGAAGCAGCAGCAGCAAACUUACCAACCGGCCCCCCCUAUAAUGCAAGAAUAUCCCGCAGCCAAUACGCCGCUGCACCUCCUCUCCGAGAUCGCGACAAACGACCGCUCGGGCCGUGUGACGAACAACCUCCUGUGGAACCCGUCGGCGUCGUCAACGAGACAAUCCUUCAUGUACGACCCUAGCGCCGUGACGGACACGGCGUCUGGCGGCACCACGGAUCAACCCUCCUCCGGCACAAACCCAGGCAUCUCCAAUACCGCGACGCCUUGGUUAAACCCGGCAUGGCAGGCCGACCUCCAGGACCUCGGCCUCGACAUGGAUCUCACUGGGGGAUUGACUCUCGAAGAGUUCACCUCGGGCUUCGGUGCAAGCCCGGGGAGCCUGAGCGACGGGAUGCGCUACGUUGUGGCACAGGAUCCCUGGCUCAGCGGCAUGGGCGGGCUUGGGGACAUGUUUGACGGGAUGCCCGGGGCGUCCGGGCCGCCCAUGUUUCCCAUGUGA